AUGGACAACCAGUACUAUUGCAACCGUUGCGAUCGGGAAUUCCAAAAUUUCAAUGCCAUCAAAUCCCACUACAGUGACUCCCACAAGAAGACGUUGCACUAUGCUUGCUCCACCUGCUACCAAUGCUUCGAGACGGAGGCGGCGCUGGCCACCCACCGCCGGAACAAUCCCGGCGCCGCUCCGCACCAGAGGGAGCCGAAGGCGACUUAG